AUGCCGGAGCUCGAUAGCUGUGAGGCCUGUAAGCAGAGAAAGGUCAAGUGUGAUCGUGCACAGCCUUCUUGCGGGUGGUGCUCUCGUAACGACCAUCCCUGUGAAUACAGAGAACGAAAGAAGCCUGGCCUUCGAGCAGGCUAUGGCCGUGAGCUCGAAGGGAGGCUCGAUCGUCUCGAAGCUCUCCUUCAAGAACAAGGCCGUCAAUUAGCAGCACAUUUGGCAGAAUCAUGCACGAUUGGUCCCGCUGUUCCGAGGCCCGGUGUGCAAGGUCCCAGUCCAGAGGCUCCAACACGGGGUUCCUUCGACGCCCAAGCGAUAAAUUUUGGAGGAGAUUCGUCCUUUCAGCAACAGAUGAUCGAUCCGAAGCUGCAUCCCCCCGGCUCUCGCCAUGGACCUCUUCAAUAUCCACCAGCCCAGCAGGGUAUGCCAGACCAACAAAUGCCUCAACCACAGAGUCAUUAUACACCGUCAGCGCAUUCUCAUGCCCUCACCUCACCUCAUUCUACAGCCGGGUACCAGGGAACCCAGGUAUUCAAUGAGCAUUCGGCAAUGCUACCCCCAUAUGAUCUCUUAUAUGCCCUGGUCGAUCUAUAUUUCAAACAUGUCAAUAUUUGGCUCCCCUUGCUGGAGAGGAAAACCACGUUGGAUACGCUCUUCGGCCCUUCGUCACUCGAUGAAGCGGACCGAGUCUUAUUACACGCGAUAGUUGCGACGACGCUGCGGUUCUCACGGGAUCCGCGAUUGACGCCGGAGAGUCGUCAGCAUUAUCAUGACACGUCCAAGCAACGUGUGCAAUUAUUCGGCUUGGAGAACUCCAACGUCAGGGCAUUGCAAGCACUGGUCAUAUUAGCUCUGGACGUGACCGGGACGACAAACGGCCCACCAGCAUGGAAUCUGUUGGCUUUGAUCAGUAGGAGUAUGGUACAACUGGGACUUGCCGUUGAAUCAACUUCUACCCUCGCAUCCCCCAUGUAUCCCUCGAUCGCCACUCUGCGAGCGUCGGUUUUACCGGAGCCCAAAAGUUGGGUUGAAGACGAGGAACGACGCCGGCUAUUUUGGGCGGUCUACCUGCUGGAUCGAUAUGCCACCAUUGCCACGGCGUUCGAGUUCGCUCUGGACGAGAAAGAGGCCGAUCGCCGAUUACCUUGCCGGGAUGAUCUCUUCGCGGCCAACAAAUCCGUCGAAACCAGGUGGUUUCGGCCUCCUGAACGUCCCCGAUACGCCACGGGGAUGGCUGAUGCCCAUGGACAUUUUUCGUACCAUUGCGAACUGAUGGCUAUUCUGGGGCAUAUUCACCAAUUCCUCAAACGGCCGAUCGACAUUGGCUCGCUGGCAGAUGUGGAGCAGUGGCAAGGCUCAUACCGUGCGCUGGAUAGUGACCUCAAUGCCUGGCAUUUCAGUCUGCCUGACGAGUUUGCCAACGUCACCCGCCUUUUGAAAUCCAAUGUGCCUGCUAAAAAUACCCAUUGUGGCUGGAUCAUGCUACAUGCCGCAUACUGUUUGACGGUGAUUCGUUUAAACUCAUCGGCUGCGUACCCCAGCCAGACGUCGCCGAUCUUUUCUUCGUCCUACAGUGCCAUGCAGCGAUGUUUGUCGGCGGUCGAGAAUUUGCGUCAGCUAUGUCGUUUCGUUAAGCUCAGUGGCCUGCUGGACCGCCUCGGGCCCCCAUUCGCAUUCGCCAUCUGGGUGGGCGCUCGUGUUAUGCUGGUGCACGGCUCCACGAUGGAUCACGAGGUGGAUCCCGACAUCGAUUUCUUUGUGACCACGCUGUCUGAGAUGGGCGAAAAUUGGCUCGUUGCAAAACGAUACAGUGAAAUCUUGAGUCGGGUGCUGGGGGAGUAUCGACAGUCACAGCGGGCGAGCGGGGUGACAGGGGAGAUGGUGACUCCGUCGACGGUGAAAAUCCUGGCCGACAUGCGCCGAUGUGCCUACGAUCUGGACUUUUUGAUAUCUCGGCAGCCGCACGCGGCCGCGGUUAAAUCAUACCAUCCGACGCGGGCGAAUACACCGGCCCCCAACGAACUCGAGUACUUGGACGUAUUCGAUCUAUUCAACUUCCCUCGACCACCGAUGACCCAUGAAGGAGUUGAAAAUGGAAAUACGCAGGCCCUAGAUCACGCUGCGCCCCCCGACCUCGCGGCGAUGAAUACCGCCAUGAUCCCGAAUUUUGCAGUGCCCAAUCCGGAGGCUGAUUGGCUCUUCCACACAAGCUAG